GCCACUUAGUUAGUAGAUUGGAUGUGUAACCAUGGUGAUAUGUGCAUUCAGCUUGUUUUUAUUUGUUUCAGGUGAUGUUGUUCUGAAAAACUUGGAUUUAAAGGAAAGUGCUUUGGAUGAACUUGACCUCCCUGUGAAGAUCCGUGCUGGACAUAUAGCAAACCUCACACUGAAGAUUCCGUGGAAGAAUCUGUACACUGAGCCUGUGGUUGCGUCUAUAGAUGGGCUGUACGCCCUGGCUAUCCCCAAUAUCGGGAUCAAAUAUAAUGAAGAGAAAGAAGAAAAAGCUAAACAGGAAGCCAAACAGAAGAAGCUCCAACAGAUUGAAGAUGCUAAGAAACUGGAGGCUGAAAAAGACAAGCCUAAGGAGGAGAAGAAAGACUCCUUUGUGGAGAAGCUGGCGACUCAGGUGAUCAAAAACCUCCAGGUACAGGUGAACAAUGUCCACGUCCGGUUUGAGGACCGCUUCACUGACCCCCAACAUCCCUUCGCCAUCGGGGUCACCCUACAGGAGCUCAGCUUUAAGACCACAGAUGAGAACUGGAAUCCUUGCGUGGUCAAAGAUGCUGUCACUCAGAUUUUCAAGCUGGUUAAAUUGGAGUCUCUGGCUUUGUACUGGAACAGCAACACAACCAUGUUGGAUACAGUCCCUAAGGAAGAGAUUAUGCUUAACCUGAAGAACAAUGUGAUAACCCCACAGCACAAGCCAGACUACCAGUACUUGAUCCGGCCGAUCUCCUCCGUGGCACAUCUCAGAUUGAAUACUAAGCCUGACGCCACAAACUUCAGCAUUCCCAAGAUCCUCCUCACCAUCGUGUUUGAUGACAUCACAGUCGCUCUUGCCAAGUUGCAAUAUAAUGAUAUUCUUCAACUGCUGGAAGGUUUUGAGAGGCUGGAACUGCUGAGCAUCUACAGGAAGUACAGGCCUGAUGUGCCUCGCAAAGGCAACGCCUCCACCUGGUGGCACUUUGCCUACAAGAGCGUUCUGGAGGAAACUGUACGCCGGCGUCGGCGGAUGUGGUCGUGGGAGCACAUCUCCCAUCACCGACGCACGAUGAAGCAGUACAGGCAGGCGUACAUACAGAAGCUGGACCAGAAGAAAAUAUCAGCAGAAACCCAGAAAAAGCUUGAGGAAGGGGAGAAAACUCUGGAUGUGUUCAGUAUAACAAUCAUGAGACAGCAGGCUGAGGUGGAGGCAGCCAAACUAGGAGCCAAGCGUAAAGAGGAAGGAGGCGGAGGCUGGUUUGGGGGUUUAUUUGGCGGCAAGAAGAAAAAAGCUGCUAAGGAAGAAAACCAAAUUCAAAAUCAGCUCAAGGAAGCAUAUACAGCAGAGGAGAAAGCAAAACUGUAUGCUGCCAUUGGUUACCAAGAGAAUGAAGGGGACAUAACUCUGCCCAAGGAGUUUGUGGCUGUUCGUGUGGUGACAAAAUUGAACACAGUCUGUCUGGCGAUCAGAGAUGCCAAAGAUUCACAGAUCAUGAAGGUUCAACUGACGGACGUUUUCACUUCAUUUUCCCAAAGGCCUGCGGCCAGUGCUGUCAAAGUGGAGGCUAAGAUGGAUAAGAUGACUGUGUUCGGGUCCCCGCAGAGUGGCAUCACCCCCAAAAUGGUGCUCUCUCAGACGAAGGAGGCGAACAAAGUCUACUCAUUGGUCGACCUUCUGUUUGAGACAAACCCGCUGGAUGGAGCCUGUGACACCAGGAUUAACGUCAACGCUCGGCCAGUUGAGAUCAUUUAUGAUGCGGUGACGGUCAACUCUCUCGCCGAUUUCUUUAAACCCCCAGAAGAGGUUUACCUCAAACAACUGUCGCAAGCGGCCAUGGCAAAGUUUGAGGAGAUCAAGGAGCAGUCAGCUACAGGGUUACAAUAUGCCAUUGAACAGAGGAAGUUCACCGCCAUCAAUGUCGAUCUCAAGCCGUCCUGCGUCAUCGUGCCACAUAAAGGAUUCUACAAGUCUGAUGUAGCUGUCUUAGUUCUGGAUCUGGGUAACCUGAAGAUCAACAGUGAGAAGAACAAAUCACAGGCUCCAAAAGAGAGGGUGAGUAGUGCAGGAAGUGAUAGUAAAUCUUGUCAACAUGUCCCAUGGUUCAGUCAUGGGAGAUAACUCUUGUGCUACAUGUUAGGUGUUUAGUCAGCUCCCAAAUUAGUAGUUAACUUUAUUUCCUUGUUUUACUGGCGUGUGAUGGACAAACCUAGAGAAGGGUGAAGCUUAAAGUGUUCCUAAGGCUGUUUUUCCAACUUUUUUUUCAUAAUUG